UUCUUCUUGAAUACGCAGGAUCCAGGAAACGAAACCCAGAGCCCCUGGUGUCCGCGCCAAAGUUUCCUUGCUAGCUUUCACUCCAAGGCGUUUCCUCGCUAGCUUCAGGGGAGGUUGUGUAACACCUGUGCCACCAGCAAAAGAGUCGAGAGGAACGCAGCCUCCACCUGGCGCCCGGAUUCCCACCAGCCUGAGCCACAGAACUAUUUAAAUCAUGGAGAAACACAACAUGCCAAUUGAUGCUCCCCAACCAGGAACGAAUUUUGAUGCUGGAUAUUCCUCUCCAUAUCCACCAACAGCAUUCCAAGGACCUCCGGGACACAGUGGCUACCCAGGAAUGCAGCCUGGCUACCCAGGACCAUCCCAGGGUGCCUAUCUAGGUCCCCAGGCUGGCUACCCAAUCCCACCACCCGACUAUACAGGUGCUGGCCCAGUCGGCUUCCCUGUCCAAAACCAACCAGGUGGACCUGUAGGGACACCAUGGAUGCCUGCACCACCCCCUCCACUAGACUGCCCACCUGGAUUGGAAUAUUUAACUCAGAUAGAUCAGAUUCUGGUUCAUCAGCAAAUUGAGCUUCUAGAAGUCUUAACAGGCUUUGAAACUAAUAACAAGUAUGAAAUCAAGAACAGUCUGGGACAGAGGGUGUACUUCGCAGUGGAAGAAAAUGACUGCUGUACCCGAAAUUGCUUUGGAUCCGCUAGACCUUUUACCUUGAAGGUUCUUGAUAAUUUGGGCCGAGAAGUCAUAACCCUGCACAGACCACUGGCAUGUAGCAGCUGCUGUUGUCCCUGCUGCCUUCAGGAGAUAGAAGUACAAGCUCCUCCUGGGAUACCCAUAGGUUACGUUAUUCAGAACUGGCACCCGUGUCUGCCCAAGUUUACAAUUCAAAACGAGAAGAGAGAGGAUGUACUGAAAAUUACCGGUCCCUGUGUUGUGUGCAGUUGUUGUUCAGAUGUUGAUUUUGAGAUUAAAUCUCUUGAUGAAGAAUCUCUGGUUGGCAAGAUUUCCAAGCACUGGACUGGGUUUUUGAGAGAGGCAUUUACUGACGCUGAUAAUUUUGGGAUUCAGUUCCCUCUAGACCUCGAUGUGAAAAUGAAGGCUGUGAUGCUUGGAGCCUGCUUCCUCAUCGACUUCAUGUUUUUUGAAAGAAAUCAGGAAUGAAAAUGAGAAGUGUGGUGUACUAAUGAAAGUGUCCUCAGAAAAUUGGGGGACUGCAUAUUGAUUGAGGCUACUAAAAGGAAAACUCAGUGUUUUUUUUUUUUUUUUUUUCAUUAUUAAAAGUGCUCACAUAUGUAUGAAUAACACUGUGAUGCCUACAAGUUCAUUGUAUGGUUUUGCUUCUUAAAGAAAUGGGUUUUCUGAAUCAUUGGCUUAUAUAUGUAUAUUUUUAUAUAUUUUUUAAUAUUCACUGUGAAUUUCAGAAAA